CAGCUACCUCCGUGCCGCUGCGCGGCGGUACUCCAUUGAGUCCUUUGCCGAGACGGCGUCGCUGGGACCUGCUGCGGCUGAGACGCAAGGCAGCGCGGCGCGGGCAAACGGGCAGCAGGCGGUGGGAGGGGAAGCUUGCAUCGUCUUAUUUAUUAGUAAUAACACCUCGCUUCCCGGCUCGCAGACCGGAGAGAAGCCGCGCCGCCGCAAAAGGACCGAUCCGGUUUAAUUUAAGGCGUUCCUGAAGCCUAGUGCUUCAUAAAGCUUCGGUAAUUUUCCAGCAGAUAAAUAAGCAUGGGGAUGUGCCUUCCCUGCCUGGGCGGAGCCGCAGAUGAUGUGGUGGAGACGCCGGACCCUGAGACGCGACGGAGGCAGUUAGCAGAAGCAGCUGAGAAGCGGCAGAAGGAGACGUCCUACCGAGGAGUUAAAAACCCAGAGUCGGUUGAGAGGAAGAAGAAGAAACAGGAGGAGAUGGAGAAACAGGAAAUGAUGACAUCACCCUCAGGGGGCGGGGGGCUGAAGUGGCAGGUGGGCUAAAGGUUCGAGUGGAUCAGGAGACGGACCGUUCAUUUGGAUGCAUUUCGGUCGGCUGACCCGAGAUGCUGUUUUGAGAAGAUUUUUGUUUCUUUGUCAUGCAAGCUUGUGGAAGGUGUCUGUGUCGGAUCUUUAAAAAGCCCGUGUGCCAUGAUCCAAGCUAAAGGAAUGACCGCCAGAUAGGUUCCCCAGAUUCACCAGAGUGCUUUUUAGGGGACACGUGCCUAACGAUCCCACAACCGAAUCGAGGCUGAUACGUCUGGCGCUACAGGCUUCAGCAGAGCCAGAAGUACGGAAGAACAUUGAGAAAGAGCAGCAGAAGUUAUUUUCACAGCAGACACUUGUGAAAUGCCAGUUAUCUAGCCUCACAACACCGGCUUCAAGCAGCAACAAGUGUUAAUUUAAUACUGUACAAAAGAAAUCACCAUUACUUAAAUUAUUUCACUUAUAUAUUGUUUGUAUAGAGUGUCUUUCACGCAGAUAUUUAUUCCAGGGACAGGAAGUUAAGCAUUAGCACUUAGACCGGUGCUGUGGACGGGUUCCUUUUCGUGGCUUCAGGAAGAACGUCCGCGUCAUACUGCCAGUGCAUUUUCAGCCAUUUUUUUGCUAGUCUAGAGAUUCAGAAGUUUGUGAGAAUUGUCCCAUAGGUGUGACCGCGAUGCCCUCUGAACUGGGACAAUUUGGGCCUGUCCAGGCAGGCCAGAGGACCACAGAGAAACAUCCAAAGGUCAUGCCUGAACUCUUGCUCCCUCCCUGUUCCCCUCUCCCCAAUCCCAAAUGUGGUGGAGCAAGGGGUGUUUUUCUUUAAAUAAAGUUGUUUUUGUCAAAGUUAAA